AUGUCUGUUCUCCAGGGAUCUGAAAAAGAGUUUGAGGAGGAUGCUUCGAAUGAUGCACCCGAUGAUAUUCAGGCAGAAAAGGAUGCACAGCUGGAAGAGUAUAAUCAAAUCGAAAGUAUUCUGCAGGACCUGCAUCCAAAUAAGAGGCGUUCCCUAGAAUCCUUGCCUUUUUUCCUGAUCACGGGCUCUGAAAAGGAUAUCGAGGAUGAUGCAUCUGAUAAUAGUCAGGCACAAAAGGAUGCGCAGCUAGACGAGGAUCAUCGAAUUGAUGGUAUUCUGCACGACCUACAUCCAAAUAAGAGGCGUUCUCUAAAAUCCUUGCCAUUUUUCCUGGUCACAAUGUACUUCUGCUGUGCUCUUCUGCGAUUUACUUUCUUCUUGGCUCAACUUACACGCCAGGCUGAUGAUCACUUUCACGACGAUGCGACAACGGCUCGCAUUGCUCAGACCCUUUCCUACGCUCUUGCCGGUGGCAUUUUAGCCGGUUUGCUCUGUGGGGCCGUCAUUGACAAGUUGCGGGCAGUUUUUAAACCCAAAAUCUCUCACCUGCUAACGUUUGAGAGAAACGGCGAUAUAGACAAAGCGAUCCUGUGGCUGAAACUCCUACCCAUGUCUUUUUCUAUGCUGAUUAUGUCUACAUUUGCCAUCAUUGUAAGCAGCCUUGUGUUCGUCGCGAUUGAACAGGUGUACUAUGCCAACUUCUUCUUCCUUGUAAUUAUGCGCGGCUUCCUAUUCAGCACCUUUUCUUCCUCGAUGAUGGCCGCCUUUCCAGUGGCACAGUUUGGCACCCUCUACGGCAUUGGCGGUGCCAUUGCGGGUGCCUUCUCCUGCCUUCAGUAUGCCCUGCUUGUGCCUGCACCUACAAUUGGAAAUGGAAUCGCGCUUGGUAUUUCCAUCCUCAUGUUUAGUCCGCCUAUAAUCAUAAUCUGCAAGUCGCUUCACAUAAAGAAGAAGGCCCUUCAAGAUGCAUUACCCGCGAAGGAAAAGGAUGAUAUUUCGGUUUUUAUGUAG